AUGACUAUUGCUCGCGGGUUGGAGUCCGAGAAGCUUGAGAAGUGGCUGAACAAUGUCCUCUACCACGACUUCGAUCUGAUUUUCAAAGACGAUUCGAGCUAUCAAGACUUCUUCUUCCUUUUAGAAGGUUUCGGAUAUAUCAAGAAUAAUAAUGAGCCCGGAUUGCAGCAGUUGAUGUCAAAACAGCCUUGCGAUGAGGAAUUGGCAAAAGUGAAUCACGAAUCAGUCAAUGGCGCCAAGAAUGAAAAGGAAGACGAUGGGGAUAUGAAGAGCCCGGUGGACGAAGAGGGACCACGUGGACCUCAACGGUACAGUAACAACUUGUGGAACUCCGUGUGCCUUGGUAACAGCAUCGGAACAGCUUAUGGAUUUUUCGAAGCCUUCCCAUCGGAUUCUUCUACUGAAAAUUGCUAA